AUGCCUCCAACGGACGCCGAGGUGCCGCAACCGGUGUCGGCGGCAAAACCAAACCCUCGGAACAAUCCUACUAUGUUCAAAAUAUUUCAAAACGUGCAAUACAAUGUGGUUCAACACAAGAAAUAUGUUAAGGAAAUGAUAAAACUUUAUAAAAAGCUUGAUGAAGAUAGUUUUCGAGAGAGCUUCAGGAAUGCUUUACAAUACUUGUUUACGUUCGGUGAUACCAGUGCCAAUGUGGACAGAGUUGUGCAAUUUGUGGCAACUUUCUGCACAUCCCUAGACGAUGAGGAAGAGUUCUUGCUGUUUAUAUUCAAUAUAAUUUUUGAUUGUCAAUGUGUAUCUGGUCAGUCAGUGAGAUACAGAGCUAGUCAGCUGCUGGCAGCUGUACUGUCAGCUCUGGGUGAUGAUGCCUCUUUGGACGAUGACCUCUGUGACAAAUUGCUGGCCUCACAGAUGCAAAGACUACAAGACACACGCGGCGCUGUACGCUGUCGCGCGGCGCUCGCUCUGCAGCGACUGCAGAACCCCAUGGAGCCUGAUGAUGAAGUCACCAGGGCAUACCGGUUUCAUAUGAGCUGUGAUCCUAGUUCUUCUGUUAGAAGGGCAAUAGUAAUGUCGAUAGCGAAGUGCAGUCGCAACGUGCCGUUCGUGUUGGAGCGUCUGUGUGACGUGGACGAGGCGGUGCGGCGCGCGGCCUUCCUCUAUGUCGCCGCCAUCAAUGUCACACAGCUCAGGGUGCGGCAGAGAGUGCUGACUUUGAAGGUUGGUCUCACCGAGCGCAGUGUCCGCGUUCGUCGUGUAGUGGAAGAGAUCCUUAUCCCAGGCUGGCUGAGUACCUUCCAGGGCAAUAUUGUGGACCUGCUGAAGGCCAUACGUUUGGACAACGCACACGAUGCUAAGGACUCGCAGUAUGUUGCUGGGAAACUGCUGGAGUCGUUGUUUAAACGUCUACCAAUAUCAGAGCUCCUAGAAUGGCUACCUACAGACAAGAACUUGCGUCUAAUACCAGCUGAGAAGCUCAACAAGGAGACGGCGUGGUACUGGCGGCAUCUAGCGGAACAUUUGCAGAAGAUAGACGAUGAUGAAACUCUGGAGUCUAUCUUACCGGACUUGGUAGUGCUUACUGGAUAUAUUAGAGCUAUCGUGGAGUCCCCCUGUCCCGUGGAGACGGACGACCCGGUAGGGUUCAGUACGCGGCAGUACGUGCUGCACGAGCUGGCAACAAUGCUGCGGGUCUACGAUGCCACCGACCCCACUGGGAGGGGGGAACUGCAGACACUCAUUACUGAUGUGCUUACAGGUGACUACGGCCCAUUAAACGCGGACGUGAUACGAGCAUUCGUGAAUGCUUUAGAGUUAGUACUGCCUGAAAUAUCGGCUCGUAUGGAAGUUGUCAACGGUGUCAUUGGAGCUCUGCGCGACCCGCCUGAACCUGAACAGCCGUGUCUACCGCCGCCUAUCGUUGAUUGUACUGAGGCUAAGUUACAGAGGGCCAGACUUCGAGUAUCGUUGAACGUCGCGAUAGAAGCACAAGAAGAAGCCGUCAGGGAGCAGAACUAUGCAUUAGCUGCUGAAUGUAAAGCUAAGGUGGAAGACAUACAAAAGAAACUGGACGAGUUAUCCAUUCAGCCGCCCGCUCCAGCGCCAGCGCCACCUAUUUCGACUAUAAAAGAGAAACUAUCAGACACUGCGACGUUAACAAAAUGUCUGACAAUACUGAACAGUGCUCUGGACACGCCACAAGUCAAGUCCGUCACUCCAAUGAUGCAGAUGAUCUUCAACGAGCUUGAGGUAGACAUAUUCCAAAACCCAGAAAUCGUAGAGACUGCCCUAGAAACUGUGGCUCUCUACGGAAUGCUGGACAAGGAGUUUGCUAAGGAAAAUAAGGCAUUCUUCUUUGCUAAUUUAAUAGACACAUCCAACGAGCGCACGGUGUCGACCGUGCUCCGCUGUAUAGUGGACCUGCUGUGUGUCCACGGCGCGCGAGUGUUCGAGGACGACAUACAGGAGGACACCACUGUCAACACUACCAAGAAACGAAGCACCUAUCAUGCCAGUGUUAUUGAUGAUGAUGGUAAUAUAUCAGAGUCGGCUAUUUCCAUGUCCCCGACGCACAGCACGGUCAUCGAACUGCUACUAAAGAUUAUGGACAGUACGUGUUCAGCAUACAGACUGAUCAUAGUAGAAGGUCUCUGUCGCCUCCUACACCUGGGACACCUUGAGUCUCCUGCUAUACUCAGCAGACUAUUACUACUCUGGUUUAAUCCAGCCACAGUUGAUGAAGAUAUGCUGAGACAAACUAUUGGUGUGUUCUUCCAAACGUUCCCUACUACUGUUGAUGGUGCUCAAGAGCAGAUACAGAAAGCAACACUGCCUACUCUCCGAGCACUUGCGAAUGCGCCAUCGAGCUCGCCACUGGCUGAGAUUGAUCAAGAAGCAGUUGUUAGGUUCAUCGUGUCGCUCACUAGAGUUAACCAUGAAUUGGCGGACAGUCAGGGCGGCAUGGCGACGGUGGUGUGCGAGUACGUGGUGCGGCGGCCGAGCGCGCCCGAGGCGGGGCUGGCCUGCAGGCUGCUGGCGCUGCUGUCCGUGCCCAGGGACGCGCUACUCGCCUCCGAACUCGCACAUAUGCUUAGGGAUUUGUGCCUUAAAUUGCCAGACAAGCAGUCAUGUCGUAACCUAACGCGAUACUUGGGUGCGUUAGAAGCGGCUGAGCGAGCCAGCAUGAACAAAAUGUCUAAUACAGGUAUAACCGAAGGAGUAACGAUGCAAGAAGACUCACUAGCACCACUUGGCAGGACCACUUCGUCACUGCCGCAACCAAUAGCUCGUAGCACGCAUGUCGUCAUCAACGAGACAGUUGAAGAGGAGGUGGAGAUCGAUGAGACCUCUCCUACUGAUACCAUAUCUAGGAUAUCUGAAGCACAACCACAAGCGGAAAGCAGUCGAGCCAUACAAGAGUCAAGAACCACAUUACGAGAAUCAUCGGAAACCGACACAGUGCCCGCUUCAGAGUCGGUGGAGAAGCCAUCAGACUCCAGUAGCGACGAGUCACCUGUUAAACGAGCUAAGAUUACUAAAAGCAAAAAGAAAAAGUUAUCGCUUAACCGUCCAGCCAGUAGUUCUGACUCCAGCAAGCCUACCAAGGAGAAGGCUGUGAAAGGCAAGAAGGAUGCUAAAGAGAAGGAAACCAACGACCCAGAUAACAAGGGAGUGAAGAGGAGUAGGUCGCAACGCUCCUUGGUGGAUGUUGAGAGAGCCAAAGCAAAAGCCGAAGAGAAAGCUAAACCUCAAGAAAAGUUAAAAACCGAAGAACCAGCGAAAAUUGAACAAAAGACUAAACCAAAAGAAACCAAAAAUAAAAGAAAACAGUCGCCAAAGGAAACAAUAUCUUCUCAAGAGUCAUCGUCUCCCGUGUCAGACCUCGAUGUGUCGAACAUCACUGUACGCCGGUCCACUAGGGGUCUACAGUCAGGGUCCAGUACUGAGUCUAAUGGCUCUAGUAGAGGCAAGGGCAAGAGUAAAAAGGAACAAGAAAAAGAGGCGCCAGCAGUCGUUCAGCCAGUCCGUAGAACUCGAUCGUCGACUGGGUCUCGACGCAGCAGUGCGGGGUCAUCGCGGUCCAUGCACGAUGACUCCGAUGAUACAUUGCAUACCAUCGUUUAUGAGAAGGAAUUUGUGCAAUCAAUACUGAAUGACUCCAGUGAGCUAGCAGACAGCAGGCGGAGUUCCAGAGCUAAUGUCACCAUUCCUGAAACUCCAGACGCUAGUGAAGAGUCAGAAUCCGAACCCGAAACAAAGAAGAAAGGCAAAAGAAAUCCUAAGAAGAAAUAA